UCCGCAGCCGCAAGCCCAGCGGCCGCCGGGCUCGCCCGCAACACGGGAGGAUGGGCUGCGGCGGGAGCCGGGCUGAUGCCAUCGAGCCCCGUUACUACGAGAGCUGGACCCGGGAGACCGAGUCCACCUGGCUCACCUACACCGACUCGGACGCGCUGCCCAGUUCCGCGGCCACGGACAGCGGCCCCGGCCCCGAGGCGGGAGGCCUGCAUGCGGGUGUGCUGGAAGAUGGACUGUCUUCUAAUGGAGGGCUCCGAUCUGCAGCCCCAGGUGGAAUCGCCAACCCAGAGAAGAAGAUGAACUGUGGGACACAGUGUCCUAACUCCCAGAGCCUCUCCGGCUCUCUGACCCAGAAACAGAAUGGCCUUUGGGCCACAGAGGCUAAACGGGAUACCAAGCGAAUGUCUGCGAAAGAAGUCACUAUUAAUGUUACAGAGAAUCUCCGACAGAUGGACAGGAGUAAAAGAAUCACAAAGAACUGCGUCAAUUAGCAGUGCCUGGAUGGAGGAGCAAUUGAACCUUUUUUGUGGGGUCCAGU